AUGAAGCUCGGAUAUAUCAUUAUUGAUGAGUUUCACAACUUGCUGAGCGAAACGUACCGCUCCAGCCGCUUCAAGAGAAUGCGGAAUCUGAACUUUGACGCCUUUGAAAAGACCCUGUUUUUCAGUGCCACUGCUCCUCCAGACAUUGCGGAGGGGGCGUUACAUCAGAUCGGCUUCAAAGGGCUGGAAAGAGCUCCGACAAGUGUGGAGCAGGUUACCGACCAAGUAAAGAUUACUCCAAAGCAACCUUGUGCUAACCUUGUCGCUGAGAUGCCCCUGGGACAUAUUCACAAAGAGUUCAAAAGCUCUGACGACCCCAAACUGGAGGCUGUAAAGAUGCUGCGAGGGCUGUUUAAACGUCGGCCAAACUCGAAGGCCAUCGUCGUUGUCAAUGAGAUCAGCCUCGUGGAGGCGUUGGCAAGCGAAUGGGCGCCUCUAUUCAACCUUGUGUGGGUACAUGGAAACUUGUCCUCUGAGCAGAAGGCUGCGCGGGCGCGGUCCUUCAUGAACGACGGCAGCAAAGAACUGCUGAUCGGGACGAAGCUGGUAACGGAGGGCAUCAGUAUUGCGAGCCUAAAGAUGGUGAUCAUCAUCAAUUUCAGUCCCAAUAUAUUGGAAUUCAUCCAGAUGAUUGGGCGGCUGAGAGAGUCAGGACUGUGUUUUCUUCUGAGAGGCGAAGGCAGAUAUCCAAGUUAUAAUGAUCCUUUGCUGCCGGCAGUGAAAGAAGCCUGUCUAGCUGCUCAGAUACGAAAGUUCUAUAACCUUGAAUUGGUCCCUGGUUCAAAUCCGCACAGUGGGUGCUGUGAAGCAUUUGAAACUUUGCCUGUAGCUACCCAACAUCUGCAGGGAGAUGUAGAUAUAAUGGCGGACGUGGUAGGGACAGACGGGUACGUGAGCCGCACCUCUGGCGGUUUGACUUCAGCCAACAACAACCUCCCAUUCCGCACUGCUGAUGCGAAGAGAUUCAAAAGUAAUUAUCACGGAUGGGAGGGCUUUAGCGAAAUCUUUUAUUUUCUGGGAUUCAGGGGAUACGCUCUGAGCAACCUAUUUCUCUACGGUAUUGACAUCCAUUUUUGCCCUUGGGGAGUUUUCACGGCCUAUGGAAAAUGCAAAGAUUGCGGUGCCUGUCUGUGUCCUCGACCAGACGGAACAGCAGAGACACAAGGAAAGUCAUAUCGCCGCAUUGCUAUAGAGGUUCUCGCUGUCCGGAGAAUGCUGCUGGAUGAUGAACAAUUUGAAGAACAUCUGAAGGAGAUAGAGCCCUACUACAAGGACCCAUUCCCAUAUCUCACUGAGUUCCAUAAAGAGGUGACAUUGGAAAUGCCAAUAGUGUGGUAUCUGAAUCUGCUGAGCUCGAAGAAACCAAUAAGAGCUCUUGAAUCAGAGAGGGGCGUCCGUCUCAGUGGUGUCUUUUCGAAAACCGCCAGAGAAAUUUACGAGACAUACCGUUGCUUAUGGCACAGAUUGAGCGAACAACAAAUAAAUGUAGCGCAGUUGUUUUUCAACUUUGAAUGGACUGCUCUACGGCAGAUCUGGGAACAUAAAGAUCACACAGAAGAAUUGGUCGAAUGUCCUGAAAUUGAACAGAUAUUUGGCCGCAUCCGUUCGCAAAGCAGCGGUAGGUUUCAAGGCGCAGGUUACCUGAAAGAACAGUUUGGAGAACAGCAUUUAAAGCGCAAACGGGGCUACAGAUGUAGCACGUCGUCGUUUCCAGAUUGGAAAUUGUACCUCCUCAUGCAAAUAGGUCUGUUCUACAACGCUUCUCUUAUGAAGCAAGUGAAGCUGCUUGUGGAACAGACCUAUUUGCAUGAGGAGGUACAAUUUCCAAUCUGGAAAAAGUGA